AUGUUCAAGAACUAUAGAGCCAAUCGUCUUGAACGUGAACUUGGCAUUGAUUUAAAUGGUGAUGGUUAUAUUGGAGGAGAAGGUUUUCUUAGCAAGUUAGAAAAAGCAACUCAUAUUGAUUUUAAUCGUGAUAAUAUCAUCGGUCGUCCACCAGAUGUUUUAUAUCGCUAUCCUACAAUGUAUCCAACUGGAUAUAGUGGUUUCCCUUCUAUGGGUUAUGGUGGUUUUCCUCCUAUGGGUCAUGGCGGUUAUAGUUAUAAUAUGAGCAGUUUUGGAUAUUUCUAUUAA